GGAAGAAGGAGUCCAGAGUGAAGAAUUGCUGUCCCCUCCCCCACCUGGUUUCUGCACUGCCUGUAAAAGCUUAAUAAAGCUUGAGAAAGCCACCGCGGGCUCUAAGACUCUCCUUUACCUUGUCUGCGGGGAUCAUAGAAAACCUGCUGGGUGCCCAGCCUGCCCGUACAGUUGGCCUGGUCGGCAGAAUGAUUGGAUGCAGACAGAUAUGGAGCCCUGCAAAGAUCUCAGAAGGGACUGAGGAGCAGACUGUUUGCCCAUGACAAUGCUUUGCAAGCCAUGGCAGCACAGAUUGCGAGCCAUGGCCGCACAGGAGGUGACCAAAGUCCAGGAGCUGUGGGAAGAGCUGGAGACACUGCAGGAGCACAGGAGGUGGACAAGGCCCGGGAUCUGCAGGACGAGACCUCCCCUGGAGGAGAAGACAGACCAGGAGGACCAGCCCAGGACCCCUGAGGCAGCUAGAUCGUCAAGGAAGGAAGGACCAGAUUCGGAGCUCAGCAGUGCUGAUGCAGGAAGAGACUGGUGGACUUGGAUUGACAAUCCCACCAGAAGGCGGAGGGACUUUGGCAGGGGCCUUUCUUCUUCCCCCCUGCAAAGAGCUGGAACAGAGCUGCCAAAGUUGGAGAAUCCUUCAUUCAGCUGAACAAUCUUUGAUUCACCGUAAGCAUGCUUUCAACUGACAGUUGGCCCUAGUUUGCCCAACAUCCUUGCAGAGCCUCUCCCACUGCUGCCUCCACCAUGUCUUCAAGAACCAUUAUCAUCGACCACGGAUCUGGCUUUCUGAAGGCCGGCUUGUCUGGAUGGAAUGUGCCCCAGAUGGUCUUUCCGAGCAUUGUGAACUACCUACCCUGCAGGGAGAACCCUGGUCCCAGUUCUGCCCGGAGGCGUGUGAGUCUAGGCAUUGAUUUUUGCCAUCCUGACACCUUUAGCUACCCCAUACAGCGUGGCCGUGUCAUCAACUGGGAAGGUGUGGAGCACAUCUGGACAGUUGUUGUGAAGGAGUGCAUGAGACGGGAGCAUGAGGACUCCCCUGUAAUAGUCACAGAAUUCCCCUUGGGAGAGCCUGCAGACCGACAGAAGACCAUGGAGAUUAUGUUUGAGUUACUGAAUGUCCCCUCCAUACUCCUGGCAGACCAGCUGGAGAUGUCUCUCUAUGCAUCGGGCCUUCUAACAGGCGUGGUGGUUGAUUCUGGACACGGCCUGACCCGCGUGCAGCCCUUCCAUCUGGGCCGCCCCGUAUGCUCCAGCAGGAAGACGCUGGAGUUCGGGGCCCAGGACCUCUCUGCCUAUCUCUUCAAGAGCGUCUUUAAGGAGGCAUGCAAUGAGCAUGACUUGUUUCAGUUGGAUACAGUUGCCGCCAUCCAGACGAGUAAGUGUUAUGUUCCACAAAGUUUUGAGGAGGCUCUGGAGUUCCAUCAGAACUUGCCGAGUGGUUUGGAUGAGAGCAACACCUACCAGCUCCCAGACGGCACCACUGUGGAGCUGACUGCUAUGCAGCGACUGGCUCCAGAGAUGUUCUUCAGCCCCCAGAGGUUCGGCCUGCCAGGUCUGGGCCUUCCGCAGGUGGUGCGUGACUCCAUUGAGACCUGUGACGCCUCCAUGCAGCCGACACUCGUCUCCCACUUGAUGGCCUGUGGGGGCAACACUCUCUGCAUUGGCUUCAUAAAGCGCCUAUAUGAAGAGUUGAUCACUAAUCACUUCUCCUCCACCAAGGCAACCAUGUGGGUAGGUUCCAACAGAAACUUCAGCGUCUGGCUAGGGGCAUCUGUUGUGGCUCAUCUGUCCACUUAUAGGUCUCAGUGGAUGACCAAAGGGGAGUAUGACGAGCAGCUGCGUGUGUGAUGAUCUGCUGCUGACUCCCAUCACAGAGACAUGCGCAGGUUGAUUGCAGUAAGGGGGUCUGGGCAGAGGUGGCAUUAGCUGGCUUUGAAAUUCUGAGGUCAGGGUUUUAUCUUGUUUCACAAGCAGUAUCCAAGCGUAGGGUGUCACCUCUGGAAACACUCGGUGGUCUCUUACUGGAUGGGAGUGUUCAUCUGCCACAUCUGUGUCUGAAGCCACUUGUUUUUCAUUGACUUCUGUUUGAGUGAUCUCAGCCUUCUGGGUGGAGUAGGUUUUAGCUGGGGCAAGAGGGAUUAGGGCCAUCUGGUUGCAAUUCUAAUUAGUUUUGA